GGUUAUUGUAGUUGGAAUGCAAAGGAAUUUGGUGACGAAUAAUUAUGUGUAAGAUGCAUAAGUUUAAGAGAUGAUAUGCAGUUUUUUUAUGAAUAUGACUUGUGCUUGUGAGUGAUAUAAAUGCAUAUUUUGAUGCAUUUAACCAAGCAAGUUAUUACAGUUUUCAUAAUAGUUAGAUUAUGAAUUGUGGUUGUGAGCCAUGUAGUAUUGCUUACAUUUUGAAGCAGUUAAAUUCUGGUUUUCGUAUGUGACUAGCUCCAAAGUUUCAUGUACAUAUAAUAGAAAAUCAAAACGAGCAUCAAGUGUUAGGAAAAAAAAGAAAGCAAGAAGGCGCAUCCACAAGCAACUUGCAACAAAACAAAAAGGCUAAAGGGAAGACGAAAAAGAGCAAAGGAAGAGACGCUCCUAUGAUGAAUAUGCAGCAUGAUGAUGCACAAAGAAAAGAAGUGAGAGGCAAAGGUGUGAAAGAUAGUGAAAGACUAUCACUGACCAUGAGGAGGAGGACUAGGAGCAUGAUGCAGUCAAAAAGUGAUGAUCAUGCAGAAAAAUCACAAAAUGAUGAUGAACAGCUGAAGACAAAAAAUACUAUGAGUGACAGUGGCGAAGCUUUUGAAAGUCCUCCUAAGUCUGUAAAAAAUGUAGGUGGUGCAGUUAAACAUCAAAGAAAGAAGCAACACAAGAAAGGUGAUUAUAAGGAGAUCAAGGAAGAAUAUACAAGUUUGUACAACAGAUCAUCACCAAAUCUGUUUACAUUAUUGAAGCCGCAGUUUGGAAUCGUUCAUAAUUCAUAUACAAUAUACUACACAAAGAAAACAUACCUACGAAUUGAACGAAGGUAACAUUAGGAACAUUUAAUUAUGAAAUUCGGUUGUGAGAAGAUACAUAAUAACAUCAACCUCUAAUAUAUAUAGAAUAGAGAUCAAAACAUACCUCUAAUAUAUAUUAGAGGUUGAUGUUAUUAUGUAUCUUCUCACAACCGAAUUUCAUAAUUAAAUGUUCCUAAUGUUACCUUCGUUCAAUUCGUAGGUAUGUUUUCUUUGUGUAGUAUAUUGUAUAUGAAUUAUGAACGAUUCCAA